GUUACACAAUUCCCAUUAUAGUCUCCUUUAUAACCUCCACAGGAUCUGAGUGUUCUGAACAUCGUUAGUGUACAUCCACUCUGGAAUUAUUAUAAACUCUUUAUUUCAAUUCAGCUGAACACAAACCCUGCAUUACUGGGGAACAUGCUGGUCUUCCUGAAAAAGAAGGUUUGCUGCAUUCUAUUCAAAACAACUGUAGACAUGUUAUAUAGUGUUAAUAUCCUCACCACACCCCCUACACACAGAUACAUCAUCAUUUGGUUUGCUGAACACACAGUUUCCUCUUUCUGUCUCACCUCAUACACAAUGCUAUCAGGCUCAGCAACAGCAAUGGUUCAGUUUAUGACUCUGUCUGUGUUCCUCUGCAUCAUUGGUUUGCUCUCAGAGACUCUGAACUCUUUAAGUCUGGAGGCAGAAGUUGGAGAUAACGUCACUAUUUGGUGUCAACAUGAUCUGAAACGUUCAGAUAAUAUCUUCUGGUUUAAACACACGAGUGAUUCAGUUCCAUUUCUUCUUGGGUGUAAAAGGUUUUUAACAUCAGCUCCAUCAGAGCCGUGUUACUUCUUUAGUGAGAGUGAGAGAAUAGUGAUGUCUGUUCAUGGCAGUAAAACGUCUCUCACAAUCACUGCAGUAAACGUCUCUGAUACAGGACUCUAUUACUGCAGCUUCAUGCAUCUGGACCAAGUUAGAUUUAGCAACACGACCUAUUUACAAAUGAAAGCAGGAAAUAAAACACUGUCUACCUCAGACAGAGCAGAAGGUUCAGUGUCUCUGGAUCUGUCUUUCAUACUGAAUGUGGUGUUUGGUGCAGUGAUUGUGUUUCUUCUCAUCAUACUGAAGCACAGAAAAACACACGCUGGUGAUACAACUGACAGACAUGAUGAUGAGGAUCAGGAGCCUGAUUCAGUGAACUACGCUGCUCUGCAGUUCUCUAAGAAGAAAACAAAGACAGGAAGAUUUAGUGAAUUAAUAUAUUCACAUGUUGUAUAUAAUGCUAUCAGAUAAUAAUUUAGUAAUGUUGUGAUGACACGUUGACAUAAUGUCAUAUAUACGUUAUUAUAUAUGUUACUGUUACUAAAGGCAACAUCAGAACUUUCAUAACAGAAAAUAAACAUAGCAUUUAAAAUAACUAUAUUAUGGUAAAUAUGUAGAUCUAUGGUAGCUUUGCAUUUAUCAAAAUUAUGUACAUCUUAUUUGUCUUGUGUUAUGUUACUGUUUAUCAAUCUGGUAUUCACUGUAAUAAAAUAUUUACCUUUAAAAAGAAACAUUUGUUUUUGUUAUUAAGAGUCUCGUGUAAAGACUUGGAAUCAUUAAUCUUGCAUAAAGAGGCAAAAAAUUUGAUGUCAUGUAUUAAAGUAAGCUUUCUUUUAAAUCUAGUUAAACUAGGAAAAAAUAAUAGCUAAACAGCCCGUAUUACACUACUGUUCAAUAGCGUAGCUGUCUGGCUGCUAGCUUUCACACAGGAAAAAUCAUCUCAGCUGGUAGCUAAUAACAAGUGAUUCAACAAAUAUUAUCUUGCUGAAUGCACUAAUAGUGGAUACUUUAAUAGUUUUCAUUAGCCCUAUUUUAUAUAAACACCCUUUUCUAAUGUUAGAACCUAAGUUAUUGGUAUUUGUUGUUGGAAAUGUUCAGUAUAUAAAAAGGUAGUAUCUAGAAUUCAGGAGGAGGAGCAGAGUUCAUGCAGCACUGAGCUUUGAGGGGUUUGUGGGGUAAAGUGUGAU